AUGAGUGCGUCGUCGGUUUCCCCAUUUUUCUCUUUUCUUUCGGCGGCUGUCUCCCCGUCCGCCUCCGAGGCCCCCGGCGCGCCGGCCUCCGGCGACCUUCUCGCGCGCCUCUUCACUGCACUCUCGCUGGUCAGCCCUGCGUAUCCGCGUCCUCUGUCGGCUGAGUCGCCCUCGGCUCCGCAGGCGUCUGCGGGCUGCGCGGGGCGCGCGUCUCUGCGUGCUGAGGACGACGCGGGCUGGGCUCCGCGGGUGCACGCGAUGGAGGCGGCGCGCCUCGAGGGGGGGGGGAGCGGGGGCGCGGAGCAGCGCGGCACCCGCGGCGCCCGCCGCGCGCUGGAGCUCCUGCGAGCCAGCGACGCGGAGGCGACAGUACUGGUGAAGCAAGAAAACGUUGACUGGAUUGUGCCGCUCUGCGCGACUUGUCACGUCGUGCGAGGCGCGCUCGCAGGCUCCACUGCGAAGACAGUCGUCUAUCCACUAGAUCGGCUCAAGCUGCAUCUCCAGGCAACCGCGAGCGGGCAGACGUUCCGCCUCGCCGGCGCCUUCGAAGUACUGAAGCAGAUGGCGGCACCCUCGAGCGGCGGCUUCAAAGCGCUGUGGAAGGGCAACGGAUGCGCCUUCGUCCGAGCCUUUCCGUACAGCGGUGUCAGCUUCUACGCGUUCGACCGGUACAAGAGAAUCCUCAAGUCCGAAUUCCCUGCCUGGCCUGUCCUCUGUCACCUCGGCGCAGGAUCAGCUGCAGGCAUGACCGCGACACUCGUAACGUAUCCGCUGGACGUCCUCAACACUCGCAUGGCGUUGACACAGCACCGACUUUCGUACUCGCAGGUGUCUCUGCUGCGCGUUGAAGGUUACCGUUCGCUUUUUCGCGGGCUGGCUCCCACUGCGUUGGGCAUCAUGCCUUACGCAGGGAUUUCUUUCUGCACAUUCGAAACGCUGAGGGAGAAGUUCAUGUCCGAGGGCGUCACCAUGACGCCUCUGGUUCACGCGCUCUGUGGCGGCACUGCUGGCGUCGUCGGUCAAACGGCUACGUACCCGCUAGACACCGUGCGCAAGUUCAUGCAGUCCAGCACGUUUCUGUAUCAAUUCCAGGAGACCGGGCACAGCGGCUCUGCAUCCUCUCCGUCGAUCGUGGAGGCGAUCAAGUUCCUCUACCGCCAGUCGGGCUGGCGGGGCUUCUACAACGGCGUCUCGCUCAACUGGUGCAAAGGCUUUGUGGCUGCAGGCCUCGCCUUCUCGCUGAACGAAGCGGGGAAAACGUACUUCACUCCGGCGAUCUGUUUAGAACUCGAGAAGCUCGGGCGAGCGUGA